GAUAGUGGUUGGCAAGGUUGGCCUGAAGCAGGGAAGGAGCGGUAUGUGUUAAGCUGGGUUGCACAGCUCACUGGACAACUCUUGGACUUUGCGGAAGAGCGUCAUGCGGGCUCUAAUCUUCGACGACGAGUUGUGACACGACCUCAUCAACCCCUGCAGAGGUCGACUGCCAACCGCAAGCUGGAUAUUAGCUUUGUCGCCUCGGAGCAGUUCAGCGUCAACCAGGAUGGACUGCAGUUUGUGUCUGCAGUGAUUGAUUUUCUUUGGAUGAACAAUGAGCAGCUAGGCUUCGAUCCGACUAUCCUUACAGUUGGGGACAAGCGGUACAUCGAGAUCGAGCGGGAUAAUUGCAUCGAGCGCCUCGUCAUCGACAAGCUAAUAAAGCGCGUGGCAUGUGUCGCUGGUCAAGCAACGACCUGCUGGAGAGUCCACCGUGACGACGAGUACAAUACUCAGCUCGUAGUCAAAGACUCGUGGCAGUAUCCAGAGCGGGAGGAAGAGGGUGAACUGCUACGCUGGGCGGCCGACAAGAAUGUGGUGAACGUUGCAAGGUACUUCCAUCACGAGACGGUCCGCUUUAAUGAUCGAGACAACGACAUUCGUAGGGUACGCAAAGGUCUAGACAUAACGAAAGUAGAGAACUAUGCGCCUAGGAAGCCCAUGUCGCCGCUGAGCACGACUGAACGUCGAGUUUCACGCAGAGAUGGAAGCAGAAGCCUCGCUGGGCAGAAGCGAUCAUCAAGCUGCACAAAUCCGUCUAGCAAACGCACUUGCUUAAGCUCUCCCACAAAACCUGCCACUGCGAACCGCAUUCAUCGCCGUGUCAUCGUCCGUGACUACGGGAAACCUAUUUUCAGCGCGAGCUCACAACGUCGUCUGCUCGUGGCAUUUGAGCAAUGUAUCAAUGGGUAUGAGUCCUUAUAUACACAGGCGGGCAUGCUCCAACGCGACACGAGAGGAUCGUGUGGAAACUUCUGGAGCGCGUGGAAACUGGCACGCGCGCUUUCAUGGCAAUUGGAGUGCCUUUCGACGACGAACAGCACUCCUUCAUGCACGACCUCGAAUUAUUCUUUUGGGUGCUCUUUUGGACCUGCAUUCAUUACGAUGGACAGCAAGAGAGGGUUGUUCAGCGGUUUGACAAAUGGAACUAUCUCGACGCUGAAGAACUAGCUGGUUUAAAAAAGGGCGUUGUGGAUGAUGAACGAGACUUUCUCAAGACAGGGCGGAGAUAUUUCGCGUUGUACUACCAAGCAUUGAUUCCUUGUGUGAAUAGGCUUCGUAGGAAGGUGUUUCCCAAUGGUGAAAGAUGGAGGGUCCCCAGCCAGCAACUGUACUUUGAUAUGAGGGAGAUUCUACGUGCAGCUCAGGAUGAGCUCAAGGAGUUAGAAGGAUGAAAAUAUAUUGUCACUCUUAGCAAGAUAGCAGACCAUAUGGCGCGUGCACCGU